AUGGCCUCGGGAUUACCUGCGUUUUGUCCCAUUGCUUGUAUGGAUCUCGUUUCUUGCAAGAAAAUCCUGCUUUUCUGCGAAAGUGUUGCUCCUUUCCCCCGUCCUCCUCCCCCUCCUCCUCCUCUUCCUCCUCCUCCUCCUCCUCCUCCACCUCCUCCUCCUCCUCCUCCUCCUCCUCCUCCUCCUCCUCCUUCUCCUCCUCCUCCUCCUCCUCCUCCUCCUCCUCCUCCUCCUCCUCCUCCUCCUCCUCCUCCUCCUCCUCCUCCUCCUCCACCUCCUCUUCCUGGUAACCCUCCAAUUGGUAACCACCCCCCUGGUAGCCCUCCCACAGGUAUCACUCCUGCUGGUAAACCCCCUGCUGUUAACCUUCCUUCAGAUAACCCUCCUGUUGGUAACCCUCUCGCUGAUAAUCCUCCUGCCGGUAACCCUCCUGCUGGUAACCCUCCUGCAGGUAACCCUCUCCCUGAAAGCUCUGCUGCUGGUAACCCUCCUGUUACUGCUCCUCCUGCUGGUAACUCUCCCGCUGGUAACCCUCCUGCUCGUGACCCCCCUGCUGGUAACCCUCCUGUUUGUAACCCUCCUGCUGGUAACUUUCUUGCUGAUAACCCUCCUGAUGGUAAUCCUCUUGCCGGUAAUGGUAACCCUCCUGUUGAAAGCCCUCCCACUGGUAACCCUGCUUCUGGUAACAGUUCUGCUGGCAACCCUCCUGCUGGUAACCCUCCUGCUGCCAGCCCUCCUGCUGGUAACCCUCGUUCUGGUGAUGUUCCUGCUUGUAAAACUCCUGCUGCCAACCCUCCUGCUGCCAACCCUCCUGCUCGCAACUGUUGA